CGACGAGAUGGCUAAGCUGCAAGAAAAGGUGGUCACCCUCACGACAAAGGCCGAGAAAAGCGACGCAGAGAUAAUCAAGCUCCAAGCCCAGGCUCAGAGAGACCACGACGACAUGGCCAAACUCCAAGCUCGGGCCGAGAAAGACCAAGAGGAGGUCCUGUCUCUGAGGGAGAGGAUCGUCGUGCUGGAAACACAGGUCCGAGGCGCGACUUUCCCACCAAACUACGCCGAACAACAACAAAUGUCCCAUAGCCCUGAGGGAGGACAGUCUGGGCACGUCGGCGAGGCUGACACCGGGGGACAGAACAACAACGCCACGGUGGGAGGACUUGCGCACAGGCGCUCCAAGAGAGAUUCACCCAACUGGGUCCGACUCCCGUCUGGGUCAGGUUGUUGUGAGAACCAGCCGGGACGGGACGGUCGGGACGGACGGGACGGAAUGGCGGGAGCACCCGGGCUGAAGGGUGAGCCUGGACAGAAAGGAGACAUUGGACUGAAAGGUCAAGGGGCCAAAGGUCAGAAAGGCGAACAAGGGACAAACGGAUUAGGAGGCGCUGUUUACACUCGCUGGGGAAGGAAGACUUGUCCCUCUGGAGCAACAAUUGUCUACUCUGGUGUGGCUGGAGGUACACAUUACACUGAGCCCGGCGGCGGGACCAACUACCAGUGUCUGCCGACCGACCCACAGUGGGGACAGUACCAAGAUGGAGUCCAGGGGUACAAGGCUUACAUGUACGGCGCUGAGUACAAGUUGGUCACAAACGUCCCGUUCGGCUCCACCUCCCUUCACCAAAACAACGUCCCGUGUGCGGUCUGCUACGUCCCAACCCGCGGCAGUAAGUUAAUGAUCCCCGCCCGUGACACCUGUUAUAGCGGCUGGACCCGCGAGUACCAUGGCUACCUCAUGGCCGAACGCCACAACCACGCCGGGUCUAAAGAGUUCGUCUGUGUGGAUGAACAGCCAGAGGUGAUGCAGGGCGGACAGGCGAACCAGUGGGGAGCGCUGUUCUUCCCCGUGGAAGCCCGCUGUGGGUCCCUGCCGUGUCCCAACUACGUGGAAGGGAGGGAACUCACCUGUGUCGUCUGCACCAAGUGAACUCUGUAAUCAUCACUUAGCCUCCAUGUAUACCUGUUGUUCCAGAUACUAUGUUUGGACACUUAACGUAAGAGAGUAUCCUACUAAUGUGUGUUUUUGAUGGUCUAAAACUCUGGUAGAUGAUUUUUGACAACUUUGUCUUACAUUUUACUGAUUCUUAUGUGUAAAAGGUAGUGACCUCAUCACUAUUCUUUGCGGUAGAAGCAGAUACUACGAUGAGAAGGCAGUAUCAAAUCGGCCAAGCUUCAAUAGAAUUUCAUAACUUUGAGGGUAGCGCUUGUAGUCAACACAUAAAUUGGAGAAAAAAAAAUGAACAAGAAA